GCAGUACACUCGUGGAUGGUUUCGCCAAUGCGUGGAUACUCUCAAAAGUUUCAUCGUGGAGAUGAAGAUUCACCAAGAUGUCGAGAUUGAAAGCAAACGGGUGAAGAAAGAGGAAGAGGAACGGCUUAAGAGUGAGUUAGCAGAAGAGCAACGGAAGCUGCAAGAGAAGAAAGAACGUGAGGCUUUUCAUGCAGGUCAGCCGAAAGCGUCAGCAUCAACGGCUGUUGUGGAGGGUAGGUCCUCGGACAGGGAUUUGGUGGAGCAGUUACUUCCAGAGCAGGAAGAAUUGAAGAAGCGGUUAGCUAGUGUCACCAUCAGUGAUCAACGUGUCACUACACUUGAGGAAGAGUUGCCUAUUGCGCAUAAGUCACGUGAUGAGGCACUUGUGGCGGCUGAUACUUGGAAGAAAGAAGCCCUGAGACCGGGCAACAAACGUGGGAAUGUGGUUCUUCCCACUCUGGUCUCACAGUCUUCUGUGAGGGCACAUGUUACUCCACUGCCGGUAUCGCCCUCUGGUGCGUUGCGGAAAGCAACUGAAGAUUACCGGGAGCUGAUUAUUCGGCACCAGGAGGAGGUGGAGGCCUUGAAAGGGCUUCGAGCUCGUGACCUGAAUGAUAGACGUGAAGCAGAAGAGGAGGCAGAGAGACUGCGUGAAGCUUUGAAGAUGAGCAAAGAGAAAGGUAAAAUGCAUGCGACACCCCGAUCUGAGUUUCGGGCUCGUCUUGACGAUGCGGCCGACGGAUCGGGCAAAAAGACGUGUGUGAUGUUAAACAAGAAGGUUAUCGAAAUCCCCGAGGAGGGGGACAACAGGACGAACGAUAGGGAGACUUUUGUCAAGGAGAUGCGGAAAACGUUGAAGCUGAUGAAGAAGGAUGAUAUAGUUUCUAUUUGCCUUAAAGAAGGUAUUCAGUAUUCCACCUUUGAGGUAUUGAAGGAAGCGAUCACUAAGUUGCGGACUGAGAGGGUCUUUGGCGAUGGUACCAAUGAAGGGAAGGGACGUGGAAGACCUACGGAUGAGGACUCCGAGGAUGUUGUGGCUACCGAUUCUGAUAACAAGGGUGACGUGCCGAUGCCAGCACUUCGUAGAUUUGUACCCGGACGCGGCUCGUCCUUGGAAAGUUACUCGUCGUUGUUGCACCACUCGUUCUACUUCCUCUGAACUCCUACGAUGUAAGCAGUUGAAUUCACUCUU